GAUAACAUUUCACAAGAUAAUAUUUCACAGGACAAUAUUUCACAGAACAAUGUUUUAGAAUCCAGUAUUGAACCAGGAGCAUCAAGUAGUCAUAGUGCAAUCGCUGAACGCCAUGCAGUUAUUGAGA